UGAUCAUGUUGAGUUCUUAUCUUGAACUUAUCCAACUUCUGAUAAAUAGUAAAUAGAUAACCUGACACAAUUGUUUUCAAGCAUAAACAAAAAUAAAUUAUACUCAACUCAAAAAAAUAUUUGACAGAAUAUGGCAAGAAAAGCUCCAAAGCAAGGGAGCAGCCCACAUUGAGCCAACCAGUGGGGCCUUUAAAAGGAACCUCCAGGAUGUGAACUAUGAAAAGGAAAAGAAGGGACCAUGCAAACAAAACCAAGGCCAAAAAAAAUAAAAAAUGCUCUGCUCGCCUCACUCUGAAACCGAAAGCUUACUAUUUUACUAUUCUUUUUCCCUCCCCAGUCUCCAUCUCAUUCCACUAAUCACUGUUUGUACUCUGAUUGUCUCCUUUAAAAAUGGUUCCUUCAUUUCAAUUCCCCCCCUUCUUUCCUUUCCUUUCCCUUGCUUUGCUUUGCAUGCAUUUCUUUCAUGCCCUGAACUGUGGAAGGAAUAAAGCCUCUGCGCCCCACAUCAAGAAUCUUUCUUUUCGCUCUUUUUAUCCAUGGCGGUGGCCUAAUUAUUGUUCUCUUUUGGACCCUGAAAAAGAGGCAUUCUACACUUGGUAAACAUAUAUCUUUCAACUUGAGUAACCAAAAUUUGAAACCCCAAAUCAGCUUCUUUCUCUUAAGGCAAUCUUCCAUUCCCUGUACAGGACUGCCUAUUUUGGUUAGCAGGUAUCUCUCUGUCACUCCAAUCUGUCCACUUUAGUUUUUGGUCCAGUAGACUGCAAGUGGGCUCAGUGAUCAGUAGAAUUUUCUUGUAGAAGGGUCUCUCCGGUCCCAACCUUCACUGUCAAAGUUGGGUGAAUUUGAUCAGAUUUUGUUUUCAACUGUUUUUUCCCCCCUUCCUUUUUAUCUUAAAGUCUGGGGCUUUCUUUCUUUUUUCUGCUGCUCAUCACUGGCCCAGAUGGCUUGCUGCAGAAUUGGUUGCUGUUGGGUGGUCUUUUUGAAUGCGUUUCAACAAGUGUGAAAUGCAAGUUUAUGGGGAAUAAAAUAAAUAGCUUUGUCCUCUUUUUGUUUUUCUUCUGAAGUGGGUUUAUGGCGGUUUUGAAGAAAUCUCAGUCUCUUUUGGGGAGAUGGGUUGCAGACGCACUGUUUGUGGAAUUUCCUCUUUGCAGUUCCCAGUUGCCUUUCCACUUGGAGGAUUAACCAGUUACUUGUGGGUUUUGUGUUGCUUGCUACUGACUUAGCUGAUUAAGCCCAGCUGAAAACAGGACUACUUGCUUAGAAAGGUAAGAUUUUCUUCCUCCAAACAUAACCCAAAAUUCAUCUGUUUUCUUGUGCAAUAAUAGGAAGGCAUUAUUAGUUAGCUAAGUCCAUUUCCAUCAUAAAAGGUUCGUUGUAAGCUUAAUUGGCUGCUUCAUGUUCUUGCCUUGUAACAGCUUUGCAAACUCUCUUCUUUUGGGUGGCAAUGGAGGGGUUUCAGAACUCUGCUAUAGUGGUACUACUUUCCGUGAUCAUCUUCCUUUCAAUUAAUCACUCAGAGCAACUCCAAUCCUCCCAGGGUCAAACCCUCCUAAGGAUUCAGCGGCUUUUGAGCAAUCCAUCCGUCUUAAGCACCUGGAACAGCUCCACUGAUUUCUGCAGCAUAGAUCCCACUCUAUCUGUAACUGUGGUCUGCUACGAGGAUACCAUAACCCAGCUCCACAUCAUUGGCAACAAGGGAAGCUCUCUUCUCCCUAAAAACUUUUCCAUGGAAUCUUUUGUCACAACUCUUGUCGCUCUUCCAACCCUCAAAGUCCUCACACUAUCUUCUCUUGGUUUAUGGGGUUCACUACCUGGCAAAAUCGCUCGUUUGUCAUCUUUAGAAAUUCUGAACAUAAGCGCCAAUUUUCUGUAUGAUACCAUCCCAGGAGAGCUCUCAUCACUGUCUACCCUCCAAUCACUGGCACUCGAUGAUAACAUGUUUUCUGGGGAGCUGCCACUUUGGCUUGGGUCGCUCCCGAUACUGUCUGUUCUUAGUUUGAAGAAGAACAUGUUCAAUGGUACAUUACCUAACUCAUUAAGCAAUUUGGAGAAUCUCAGAGUUCUUUCACUUUCACACAACUACUUCCGUGGUGAAGUACCGGACUUAAGCCGGUUGACCAACCUUCAGGUGCUUGAUUUGGAAGAUAAUGACUUUGGAACCAAGUUUCCUCAGCUAGGGAACAAGUUGGUCACUUUGGUAUUGAGCAAGAACAAGUUCAGAGAUGGACUCCCUGCUGAAAUAAGCUCUUACUAUCAGUUGGAACGGGUUGAUCUCUCAAAUAAUAACUUCGUGGGGCCAUUUCCACCGUCGUUGUUGGCAUUGCCUUCUGUUACUUAUUUAAACGUGGCGAGCAACAAGUUUACUGGAAUGCUCUUUGAGAACCAAUCAUGUAGUGGUCAACUGAAGUUUGUUGACUUGUCAUUCAACCUUCUGACUGGACAUCUGCCUAAGUGUCUUCACCCCAAGAAAACUGUUGUAUCAGAUGGGAACUGCCUGGAAACUGUUGAUGAUCGAAGCCAAAACCCGGUUUCGUUCUGUCACAAUGAAGCCUUAGCAGUUGGUGUCAUUCCACAGAUGAAGAGCAGGGAAGGAAAAAGCUCUAAAGCAGCAAUUAUUUCCCUGGGUGUAAUUGGUGGAGUUGUUGGAGGCAUUGCAUUGGUUGCUUUGGCUUUCUUGUUGGUUAGAAAGGCGAACACCUCGAAGGCGGUCCAGAAACAUCCGACGAGGCUAAUUUUGGAGGAUGCAUCAGCUGGUUAUCCAUCUAAGUUGCUUCAAGAUGCAAGAUAUAUCUCUCAAACAAUGAGAUUAGGAGCACUUGACCUCCCAGCAUACCGAUCCUUUUCGUUGGAAGAGAUCGAGGAGGCUACGAACAACUUUGAGUCAUCAGCAUUCAUCGGUGAAAGUUCUCAUGGACAGAUGUACAAGGGUAGGCUGAAGGAUGGAUCUUGUGUAGUGAUUAGAUGCCUGAAAAUGAAAAGAAGCUACAGUACACAAACAUUCAUGCAUCAGAUAGAGCUGAUCUCGAAACUCAGGCACAGACAUCUGGCAAGUGCUCUAGGGCACUGCUUCGAGUGCUACUUGGAUGAUUCGAGCGUCAGCAGAAUAUUUCUCCUGUUUGAACAUGUAUCAAAUGGGAACCUAAGGAGCUGGGUCGCUGAGAGACAUGCUAGGCAAAAGCUCAACUGGACACAAAGACUAGCAGCUGCAAUUGGGGUGGCCAAAGGGAUGCAGUUUCUGCACACAGGAAUUGUGCCUGGUGUAUACUCAAAUAAUCUGAAGAUAACAGAUGUUCAGCUGGAUCAGAACCUUGUGGCGAAAGUCAGCAGUUAUAACCUGCCAUUACUUGCAGAGAUCACAGGACAGGCUGGCCGCCUGACUUCUUCAGCUGGAUCCAAAGUCCCUGCAAGGGCCAAUCAAGAAGCGAAAGCGGACAUCUACGACUUUGGCAUCAUACUCUUAGAGAUCAUCGUGGGGAGACCAUUGCAAUCUAGGAAUGAAGUAGAUGCUAUAAAAGACCAACUUCAAGCAGCUAUAGCAUCAGAUGCAGCUACGAGGAGAAGCAUGGUCGAUCGAGCUGUUCAAAGGGGAAGCUCGAUUCAGUCGGUGAAGACGACAAUGGAGAUCUGCAUGAGGUGCCUAAACAAGAACCCUGUGGAUAGGCCUUCCGUGGAGGACGUGCUGUGGAACUUGCAGUUUGCUGCUCAAUCGCAGAGCAACGAAGUGUCUCCUUCCUCGCCUGGGCAGUUUAAUCACCAACUACGUCUCAGCAUCCUGUGAUAAAAUCAUGAACGCAGAAUUGAAGAAAUGGGUUUAAAUAUAUGGUUGUACCAUGAAAUUAACAAAUGGUGUAUAAGCUGUAAUUUAUGUAUACAAGAGAUCAUUGGAAGGUACACAGAAAGUGUAUUAAACUAUCACAUCAAUUGUAAGUUUGAUGUGGAAUAGUCUUUGUUGUCACCUUUUGGUCAAUUAUCAAUUAGAUCAUGAGUGAAUUAGUGAAAAAAUUAAUGACAAAGAAGCAAUACUGAAAAAGUUGGUUUGGGCACUAACGGUAAGUUGAACUACGGUUAAAUCACAGUUUUAUCAUAAAAUACUUUAUCGCUAACUUUUUCGAUACGGUCUUCGGUAUAGUUCCAUGGAAAAAACUAGGGUAAAUACAAUUUUAAUAUCCAAACCUUUCAUUUUAAACAAUAUAAUAGCCAAACCUUUUCGAAAACAAUCUAAUAUCCAAAUCGUCAACUUUUCGUUCGUUUGACCGUUAGUUGACACUUCAAAAAAGCUUUGUUUAGGGGAAAUUGUCACAAUACAACUUUGUUUCUUGUUUUGGCAUUGCAGAUGACUGAAUAUUAAGAUAUUCUAUACCAUCAUGGUGGAGUCGUGGACUUCUCGGGUUUGGAACUACAAUAUGUUGGUGGUUUUUCAGAGAAGAUAUCGAUGGAUAUUGAUGAAGUGUCAUACUUCGAACUUUUUUGAAGUGUCAACUAACGUUCAAACAGACAGAAAGUUGACGAUUUGGAUAUUAAAUUGUUUUCGAAAAGGUUUGGCUAUUCUAUUGUUUAAAAUAAAAUGUUUGGAUAUUAAAUUGUAUUUAUCCAAAAAACUAUACUCCAGAUGCCAGUUUAUUAUAUUUAUCAUGGCUCAAUAUUAACAAAUGUACUUAAAUUGAUACAUAUAGAAAUAGAAGCCAGUUUUGAAACACAUUCAUCCAUCCUCCCUUAAACUUUUGUUUAUCAUGUUGAAUAUAAACCUUUUGUUUCUCAACCCAUGAGAAAGAAACACUCAAUAAUGAAUGGAUUGUAUUGUAGGAACAAAUUAAAUCAACCCGUAUUAAAGCUCGUUUCUUAAAUAAUAAAUGCUUGCAAUUUUCUACACAAUUGUUGGCAGAGGAGGUUUUUUUAUCAUACGAUCAUAGAUAUGAAAAUAUACAAGAUCUUUAUAAGUUAGGCCAUAAAAUUAAAUUAUUUAUGUCAAGAAAUGGACAUCCCUGUUAUAGAAAAUUAUAUUUCAAUCACAUUAGAGUGAACUAAAGUUUGAUCCGAAGAAAAUUUGACACAACCUGGCAAUUAUACUAUAUUUCAAAAGGUUUAAUCGUUAUUUAGUGAUAGCAAAAAAUAUUUUGUUAUUAGAAUGCUUAGUCCUAAAGAUAGUGGUGAAUUUAUGAUUUAGAAUGAGGUGGACUAAAAAUAAAAGAUAAUAAUAGUUUUUUGGAAUUGAAAUUAGGUUUUGUAUGAGGGGACUAAUACACUGUCAUUCUGUCACAUUUUAAUGUCUAUUUAUCAUACAAUACAUUGUUCAUAAUUUAAAAUCAUAUAUUAAGAAGUACUAGAUCCCACCUUAGAGAUAACUGAAUUGCUAUUCGUCGCCCUAAAAUUUAAAUUUUAUCGGCCUAAACUUUACUGAAACGACACAUCACCCCUAAUUCAAUUCUAACCCUCCAAACCCGUUGACCACUAUGGGCAGAGAAGAACUGUCGCCAUCACAACUCAAUUCUCACAUCACAUAUGGCUCGAGAAAAACUGUUGCCGCCGCCGCUUCCAAUCGCCCCUCCAUCCAUCCCAACCAGAUACACCCACCCAUCCCCCACCCGAAUCCGCAACUUCCACAUUUUAAUGUCUAUUUAUCAUACAAUACAUUGUUCAUAAUUUA